AUGGCCGAAGCACCGGCGAUCGGAAUCGACCUUGGAACAACAUACUCAUGUGUCGCCGUCUGGAAGCAUGAUCGGAUUAAGAUCAUACCAAAUGAUCAAGGCAAUAGAACCACACCGUCUUCUGUUGCUUUCCUUGAUGAAGAACGACUCAUCGGAGAUCUCGCCAAAAACCAAGGAGCAAUCAACCCUGCUAACACCAUAUUUGAUACUAAGAGGUUAAUUGGUAGGAGAUUUAGUGAUUCCAAAGUGCAGGAAGACAUGAAGCUGUGGCCAUUUAAGGUCAUAGAAGGGCCUGGCGACACACCAAAGAUUGUUGUUUCCUACAAAGGUCAAGAGAAGGAAUUUUUUGUUGAAGAAAUUUCCGCAAUGAUUCUCGGCAAGAUGAAAGAAACUGCUGAGGCAUACCUUGAAAAACCUGUGAAAAAUGCAGUGAUAACAGUCCCGGCUUAUUUCAAUGAUUCACAACGUCAAGCAACCAAGGAUGCCGGCAAGAUUGCUGGAUUGAACAUCAUCCGACUGAUCAAUGAGCCUACUGCUGCGGCAAUUGCAUACGGUCUAGAUAAUAGCUAUGAUAUUAUCGACAAGAUGAAUGUGGUCGUCUUUGAUCUGGGCGGUGGCACUAUUGAUGUCUCUUUAUUGACCAUUGCGAAAGGGGUUAUGUUUGAGGUGAAAGCUGUUGCCGGAGACACUCAUUUGGGAGGUGAAGAUUUUGAUGAUAAUAUGGUGAAUCACUGUCUUCAGGAAUUCAACAGGAGAUGGAAUACAGACUUGAUGGGGAACCAAAGGGCAUUGGGGAGAUUGAGAUUUGCUUGCGAAAAAGCCAAAAGGAUUCUUUCAUGCACUACUCACACUUCAAUCGAGGUUGAUUGCUUGCACGCGGGGAUUGAUUUUUCUAUGAAAUUUUAUCGAGCUACAUUUGAAGAGCUCAACCUGGGUUUGUUCGAUAAUUGCAUCAAGACUGUGGAGGCAUGUUUAAGCGAUGCAAAGAUGGAUAAAUCAUGUGUACAUAAGGUCGUUCUUGUUGGUGGCUCAACGAGGAUACCAAAGCUCCAACGUAUGUUGCAGGAAUUUUUCGAUGGCAAAGAGUUAUGCAAGAGCUUGAACCCUGAUGAGGCAGUCGCAUAUGGUGCCGCCAUCAUGGCUGCAAAGUUUAGUGGUAACAGCGACAAGAGAGUUCAAGAUUUGUUGUUAUUGGAUGUCACUCCUUUAUCACUUGCACCGGCGAUCGGCAUCGAUCUUGGAACUACAUACUCAUGUGUGGCGGUCUGGAAGGAUGAUCGGAUCGAGAUCAUCACCAAUGAUCAAGGCAACCGGACCACACCGUCUUUUGUUGCUUUUCUUGAUGAAGAACGACUCAUCGGUGAUGGCGCCAAGAAUCAAGGAUCAAUCAACCCUGCUAACACGAUAUUUGAUGCUAAGAGAUUGAUUGGAAGGAAAUUUAGUGAUUCGAAAGUGCAGGAAGACAUGAAGUUGUGGCCAUUUAAGGUCAUGGAAGGGCCUUCCGACACACCAAAGAUUGCUGUCUCCUAUAAAGGUCAAGUGAAGGAGUUUUUUGCUGAAGAAAUUUCAUCGAUGAUUGUUGGCAAGAUGAAGGAAACUGCAGAGGCAUACCUUGGAAAAGUUGUGAAAAAUGCUGUGAUAACAACCCCGGCUCAUUUUAAUGAUUCACAACGUCAAGCAACAAAGGAUGCUGGUGUUAUUGCUGGAUUAAAUAUCAUCCAGCUGAUCAAUGAGCCUACUGCUGCUGCAAUUGCAUAUGGUUUAGAUAAUAAGUCUAACAUUAUUGGCAAGAUGAAUGUGGUCGUCUUUGAUCUGGGUGGUGGCACUUUUGAUGUCUCUUUGUUGACAAUCACGGAAGAGGGUACUUUUGAGGUGAAAGCUGUUGCUGGUGACACUCAUUUGGGAGGCGAGGAUUUUGAUAGCUGCAUGGUGGAUCACUGUGUUCGCGAAUUCAAAAAGAGAUGGAAUAAGGACUUGAACGGGAACCAAAGAGCUAUGGGGAGGUUGAGAUUUGCGUGUGAGAAAGCAAAAAGGAUUCUUUCAUGCACUACUCAGACUUCAAUUGAGCUUGAUUGUUUACAAGAGGGGAUUGAUUUUUCCAUGAAAUUUAGUCGGGCUAAAUUUGAAGAGCUGAAUAUGGGUUCAUUCGAUAACUGCAUUAAGACUCUAGAGACUUGUUUAAAUGAUGCAAAAAUGGAGAAGUCAUGUGUAAAUGAGGUGAUUCUUGUUGGUGGCUCAACUAGGAUACCAAGGGUCCAACAUAUGUUGCAGGAAUUUUUCGAUGGCAAAGAGUUAUGUAAGAGCGUGAACCCUGAUGAGGCAGUUGCAUAUGGUGCAGCGGUUAUGGCUGCAAAGUUAAGUGGUAACAGUGACAAAAGAGUUCAAGAUUUGUUGCUAUUAGAUGUCACUCCUUUGUCACUAGGUACACAGAUCAAUGUAGGAGUAAUGGAUGUUCUGAUACCACGGAACACUCCUAUACCUGCAAAUAAGUCCAAACAGUAUGUGACAGAUUGUGACAACCAAUCUGCCAUGGAUGUUGAAGUUUAUCAAGGUGAAAGAUCCAGAUGUACAGAUAACCAUUUGCUAGGAAAUCUCAAGGUUUCUGGAAUUCCAUUUGCUCCCAGAGGAGUCUCUAUAGUUGGCGUAUGCUUUGAAAUAGAUGCCAGUGGUAUCCUCACAGUCACAGCUGAGAUAUUAUCUACGGGUAAGACUAGGAAACUCGCCAUUACCAAUGAAAAUGGAAGACUCUCCAAGGAAGAGAUUGAGAAGAUGGUAGCUGAUGCUGAGAAGUACAAACAUGAGGACCAUGAAUACAAGAAGAAAGCAACUGCACGCAAUGCAUUGGAGGAUUGCUUAUACAAAAUGAAGAAUAAGAUCAGAGAAUACAAGAUCAAGAAGGAGGUCAGCCCUGAGAUCUUGAAGAACAUGAUGGAUGCUAUUGCUGCUAUGACCGAGUGGCUUGAGGACAACCAAACUGCACCUCUUGAGGAGCUUCAGCGCAUGAAGGUACGCCUUGAGUUUGUAUGCUUGGCAAUGAUUUAGUUCUAAGAUUAUGUUCGUUGAACUUUUAAGAUUUCAUAGAUUUUAAUACAAUGAUGUUGAAGAGUAACUUGCAAAGACUUAAAUCCGAACCUAGACUGAAAAUGAAAAACUUUCAACCCACGAACCAAAUCAUUAUGCAACACUUUGGUAUCAAUUGAGAAGC